UGACACUUCAGUAUGAGUAAUCCCACGCUCCUUCCAUUCAAUACAUACACAGCAAGGAGACAAAUGUGACAACUUAUUGCAGUCUGACUGAAAACAAUGUGGAAAAAUAUAUUGAAUAAGGUGUUCAUGGUCCUGAUAGUGGGGAACCUGUUUAUGCCCACUGACACAAAGUACAACAGUAAAGAAGGAAAGUCCCGGAGACGGAAACUGGAGUCUCAUCCUCGCCGGAAUGCCUCAUCUAUCAGAAUCUCCCCAGAUCCGAUGAUGACAGGUCCAGAAUCAGGAGUGAUGCCUGGUGCUGUUGAAAUUGACUUUGACAAGAGUAUCGCGGACAUGGUGUCUCAGGUCCGAAACAAUCCCAACUUAUCCAUAAACAAAUGUGUGGUGGAUCGCAAACUUUGGAUGUCAAACAGUCGCAGCCUUUCUCCCUGGUCCUACAGAAUCAGCCACGAUGAGAAGCGUAAACCCGUGGACAUCCCGGAGGCUGUGUGUUCGUGUGUGGGCUGCAUCAAUCCCUUCACCAUGCAGGAGGAUCGCACCAUGACCAGCGCCCUCAUCUACGCCAAGAUCCCCGUGCGCAGACUAAUGUGCCAUCGGCCAACCAAGAAACCGACGAAGCAGAAGAAAUGCGUUCCCCGUUACAGAUCGGUGGUAGAAAGCAUCGCCGUGGGGUGCACGUGCAUCGUGGGGUAGCUGAGUGGAACCGACAUAUUUCAGCCUGUUUUACUGCAAAUAAUACCGGAUGCUAAUUGGGAAUAUUAUAAGCCUGGUUAUAAGCAUAUAAUGGGGUUAAAGCUGCGCCUUUAAAAAGUAGUACACACACAGUUCACAAGUUCACAGUUCGGGCAGAUCAUUCUAGUUGAUAUACGUUAUUGAACUGUACAGUAUUUUAUGUAAGAAAGAAAAUGUAAUGCUGAUAUGUCUACACUAGCCAAUUUUCAAUAAUGUCCUGUGGUUUUGGUACAAAUUUAUGGUAGCCUGUCAGGGUUGUCUGUUUAAGAUCGCCCUCUACUGACCAAAAUAUAAGAUACAGUGAUAGAAAGAGGAGACGCAUACUUUUAUGUCAUGUUUUGUUUGUUUGUUUGUUUGUUUGUUUUUCUUAAUGUUUUUCUUUCAUUUUAAUGUGGGGAUGGUAACGGGGUUGACACAUAACCCGAUAACACAACUUUAAAGUAUUUUUUUAAAUAUUAUAUUUACUAUUUUUCUCAUAUUUUCCCAAAAUAUAUAGCCUAGUUAUGUUCAUGUUUUUAAUGUAGGCUACAUAUUUGCAAAUCGAGAACUGACAAGAUCAUCGUGUCUUUACCGUAAAUAAAAUAUACGUAAAUAAAUAAAUUUACUGUAUUUGUUUUUCUCGGUGUGUUAAGAAAUGCCAUAUAGCCGCUAGACUAAUUAAUGUAGGCUAUAUCGUGAAGGCUCUUAACUGAAUUCAACGUUUAGUGAUACACAAUGGCAGCUCUGACAUUUUUUUAACAUUUAUACGAAUCAUGAUUCAAAUGAUUGCAAGUUCUUGACAUACUGAGGGAAG